CGUAAGCAGACUUGGCCAUAGUCCACUGUCCACCGCAGCUCCGUCGACCGUCGUACAGACGCUGCCGGCGACGCGCGAAGAAGAGGCCGCGAAGAUGGCCGACUCGCCAACGAUCGAUGCCGUCUUUCACAACGCGGUCAUCGUCACCAUGGAUGAUGCGUUCCGCGUCCUCCAGGACGGCGCGGUCGCCGUCGCCGGCGACCGCAUCGCCGCUGUGGGCCCCUCCGCUGAUGUCCUCGCCGCCUUCCCCUGCGCCGUGCAGACCCUCGACCUGGGUGGCCGCAUUGUCCUUCCAGGGCUCGUAAACACACACGUGCACACAUCGCAGCAGCUGGCGCGAGGGAUCGCCGACGACGUUGAUCUGAUGACGUGGCUGCACGGGAGGAUCUGGCCCUAUGAGUCACACAUGACGGAGGAAGACUCCUAUGCCUCCACCCUCCUCUGCGGCAUUGAACUCAUCCGGUCUGGGGUGACAUGCUUUGCAGAAGCAGGUGGGCAGUUUGUUUCAGAAAUGGCACGUGCAGUGGAGUUAUUAGGCUUUAGAGCGUGUUUGACAAAGUCAACAAUGGAUUGUGGUGACGGUUUGCCUCCAAAUUGGAGUUGCUGCUCCACUGAUGAUUGCAUUCAGUCACAGAAGGAACUAUAUGAAAAGCAUCAUAAUACAGCUGAUGGGCGUAUCAGGAUAUGGUUUGGGUUGAGACAGAUAAUGAAUGCAACUGAUCGUUUACUGCUUGAAACAAGAGAUAUUGCCCAGAAGCUAAAUACUGGAAUCCAUAUGCAUAUUGCAGAAAUACCAUAUGAAAAUCAACUUAUACUUCGGACCAAAGGAAUUGAUCAUGGCACAGUGACAUAUUUAGACAAAAUUGAUUUCCUGAGGAGUAAUUUACUGGCUGCCCAUUCUGUUUGGUUGAAUGUACCUGAGAUAGGCUUUUUUUCAAAGGCUGGUGUUAAGGUUUCUCACUGUCCUGCAUCUGCCAUGCGUAUGUUGGGGUUUGCUCCUAUUAGAGAAAUGCUGGAUUCUGGUGUUUGUGUCUCCCUUGGUACAGAUGGAGCACCGAGCAAUAAUAGAAUGAGCAUUGUGGAUGAGAUGUACUUAGCGUCCCUAAUUAACAAAGGUCGUGAGGCAUAUAUCAGUGGAACAACAAACCCAACUGCUCUUCCCGCUGAGACGGUGCUGAAGAUGGCUACUAUUAAUGGUGCAAAAGCAGUUCUGUGGGACAAUGAAAUAGGUUCGCUGGAGGUUGGCAAAAAGGCGGACUUGGUGGUGGUGAAUCCAUUUACAUGGUCCAUGGUCCCCUUACAUGACAGCAUUGCCAACAUUGUCUACUGCAUGCGGACAGAGAAUAUUGAGUCUGUUAUGUGCAAUGGUCGGUGGAUCAUGAAGGAUCAUAAAAUCAUGAAUCUCAAUGAGGUGCUCCUGAAUGGUUCGCCUGGUAAUCAUAUUUUUCAUCAGAGAGGUCUUCGCCAGGGAGAUCCUCUUUCUCCCAUGUUAUUUGUGUUGGUUAUGGAUGUUCUUAGCAGCUUGUUCAGGGCUGCUGAAAAUAGAGGUUUGUUGCAGAGCCUUGGGGGAGCUGAUGUCCGCAGUAGAGUCUCCAUCUAUGCGGAUGAUGUGGUCCUUUUCAUAAAACCAAUUGAAGCAGAUCUAAAUUGUGCUAAAAUGAUACUAAACUGUUUUGGUUCAGCUUCAGGUCUGGUAACCAAUAUGCUCAAGAGCAGUGCUAUUCCAAUUAGGUGUGAUGAUCAGCUGGUGCAUGCUGGCUACAGUGUGUUACAAUGCAGUCCCACUUCGUUUCCUUGCAGGUAUCUGGGUCUGCCCAUCUCUGAUAAAAAAUUGAGGAAGUGUGACCUUAAGUUAUGGAUUGAGAAGAUUGCAGACCGUCUACCUAACUGGAAGGCUCGGCUGCUCAACCUGGCUGGGUGGACUGCACUGGUGAAGUUUGUUCUUUCGGCCAAUCCGACCUAUCUCCUUAUUGCUAUCAAUGUCCCUCAGUGGGUUAUUAAAUCAAUUGAUAAAAUUCAGCGAGAAUUUCUUUGGAGAGGAAGAAAGGAGGUUAAUGGUGGUAGCUGUCUUGUUCCAUGGGAAGUUGUCACGAGGCCUCUGAAGUUUGGUGGGCUUGGGAUUCCCAACUUUAAAUUCAAAAGCUGGGCUUUGCAGGCAAAAUGGUUAUGGAUGGAAAAGACGGACUUGAGCAGACCUUGGCAUGGGCUGUCCCUCCUAGUGCAGCGACAUGUUAGACAGUUUUUUGACUUGUCGGUAUUUACCAUUUUAGGGAAUGGGGCUACUACUCUCUUCUGGUCGGAUAGAUGGAUUCAUGGGAAUACUAUCCAGGACAUUGCCCCUGAGGUGGUGGGUAUGGUUGGCCGCAGGGCUUAUUCUUCCAGAACUGUGGCACAGGCUCUAGAUAAUUAGCAUUGGGUCAGCGACAUUCGUGGUCCUCUUUCCUUGAGAAGGCUGCAACAAUAUUUGUUGUUAUGGGAUACUUUGGGAGAAGUUAUGCUUUCUCAAGAUGAUGACAAACAUGUAUGGAUGCACUCUUCUUAUGGGAAGUUCUCCUCGAAGUCUUGCUAUAAGGCUUUUUUCAUGAGAUCCAUUUCAUUUGAGCCAUGGAAACGUUUGUGGAAAUCCUAUGCUCCCCCCCAAAAUGCAAGUUCUUCCUCUGGUUGGCGAUAAGGAAUAAGUGUUGGACUGCUGAUAGACUAAGAAGGAGAGGGCUGCAACACCCGGUUGUUUGUGUUCUAUGUGACCAAGAGCAGUAAACAGUGCAACAUCUUCUAUGUACUUGCAGUUUUGCCAGGCAAUUUUGGCAUGCUAUCCUUUUUCCCUUGAGUCUAGGGGCUCUCACCCCUGCUGUUGAUGAAAUCUCCUUUGCUGAAUGGUGGAGGAAGGUGCUUAAGAAGGUUCACAAAAACAGCAGGAAAGGCUUCAAUAGCCUCAUUAUUUUGGGGUCAUGGUACUCAUGGCUUACUAGAAACAAAGCUGUUUUCGAUGGAGUGAACCCUUCCUUGAGCUCUGUUAAAAGUUUGUUUCUGAAUGAGUUAAGUUGCUAGGAUAGGGCUGGGGCUAAGCAGCUAGCAAGUUUUGGUCUUCCUGCUAUUAUGAGUAAGGUCUAGAAUGUGGUCAAGUGUUUCGGAUUGCCCUAUGGGCAUUGUACUUUGGUCCUCUUGGACCUUUUUCCUCUCUUAAUAUAAUGACGUGCAGUCCUCCUGCGCGUUCGAGAAAAAUAAAAGUUUUCAACUUCUGAUGAUAGCUAAGAAGUCAAAUGAAUACUUGGGCACUAAGCACCAAUUAUACUGGUUUGCAUGGGGCGUAGCUGUUGUGGACGCGUUUACUGGCAAAACAUACCAGCGUAGGGCCAAGCUUGGGAGGGCCCAGCCAACACAAGGGGAGGUUCAGGUGGCACCAGAUCUGGUCACCAUACCUGGAAGAAAGAAAUAAGUCAGGGAUAGUUUCCUAGUUUGUUCAGAUUAUUUCCUGUUAGGUUGGGUGAUAAUUCUCCCCCAACCCUUCCUGUGUAAUCUUUCAAUUCUGAGCAAUAAAUCCCUGGUUCCAACAGUAGCACUACACAGUUUCUUAGCCCUAUUUGGUUAGAAUCCUGCUAAUCACCUCCUAGGCUCCCAGCCCAGGCAACAAUCUUAGGGCCUGUUUGGUUCCCACCGUAGCAAACGCUGGGACUAGGAGAACGCUUGGCGUCAGAUGGAGGCAUGCAGCUGCCUGGAU